CACUUCUUCUUUCUCACCUGUACUCAGUCAUCUUGUAUCCGAAGAGAGUGUCAAUCUUGAAGGAAAGGAAUCUUUGGCAUCUGAAUUAGGCCCAUCAAAUAUUGCUCAUAUCUAGUUCUUUAAUCCUCCAUUGCAAAAUUCACAGAAAAAAGCUGUUCAAUCUCUUUAUUUUUGGUAAUGUUUCCUUUACACCAAAGCAAGAAGCUGGUCUUCCAGAUUUCAUCUAAUCCUCGUCAUCACCAUGAUCACACAAUUUCAGAAGAUCGUAGAGUUCCGGAGCAUGGCAACAUGGGAAAAAGCCGGCGGCGCAAAUUAGCUGUUACUUUGGACUAUAUGAUGGAUGAUGAUCACAAGUCUAAUGAUCAUAACAAGAAGAAGAAAAUGUUUAUGCACAGGGAAAGUGAAAGGCAAAGAAGGCAAGAAAUGGGUAUCCUACAUGCUUCACUUAGAUCCCUACUCCCUCUUGAAUUUAUCAAGGGAAAGCGUUCGAUAUCAGACCACAUGAACGAGGCUGUGAAUUAUAUAAAGCACCUCCAGAAUAGGAUCAAGAGAUUAGACGCCAAGAGAGCUGAACUGAAGAAGGUCUCCGAUCUAAUUAGCUCUAGUACUAGCACGGACGACCAUGGUGGUGAAAGUUCCCAUGGGGGAUCGCCAAGCUGUUUCACAGUCCAACCAUGUUGCGGUGGAGUGCAAAUCGUGAUCAGUACUGCCAUCGGCUUCAGAUCUGGAGAGGAAGGGUUACGCUUCUCAAUUUCUAGGGUUUUAGAAGUGCUUCUUGAACAAGGGCUUUGUGUUGUGAGCUGUGUCUCCUCCAAAAUAGAUGACAGACUCCUUCAUACUAUCCAGUCCGAGGCGAAUGAUCCAGAGAGUAUCGAUCUUUCUGCGCUGGAACAUAAACUAGAUGAAGUGCUUCCACGAUGUAAAUGAAUAUCCGAGUAACUUAAUACCUGUGUUGAUUCAUUUGGCCUUGGACUCCCCCAGUAUGCUGCUCCCAAUCUUAAUUUUUGUUUCCGAGAAAAUUUGAGCAUUGGUCCUUGGACUUUGACCCAAUUGGAGAUUUGGUUCUCGAACUAAAAUUCCGUAUGUAUUGGUCUUUGAACUUGUCACAGUAUAGAGCAAUGAAAUUUUGGGAUCAAAUUUCAGUAACCAAUACUUCAAUUGGGUCAAAUAUCAUGGACCAAUGCUUCAACUUUCUCUUUUAUUUUGGGAUCAAAUUUGGUGAUGACUCAAACGUAAAUUCUUACAAUUUACUAUGUGUUAUUUUGUUUAAGUACUUACUGAUAUCAUUUCAGUUAGCUCUACUUGAAUAUAAAUAUGGGAGGGAUGCAAAGUCUUGUAGAAGAACCUCACUUUGACCGUGCAGCGUGUAUAUGUUUGUGUAUAUAUCUGUAUAUUUGCGUGUGACUUUGAUCUAUUAUUGCUGUCAAGUUACAAAUUAUCA